UAAGCCGGACGAAGCGGACACGUUUACCUACAGCUACUACACACGGAUAACAUAUUCGCAUGCGAGACUAGCAGCAGCAGAAAGAGUAGAAUUACAAACACACAAAGAUGUCACAAAAUCAAUCAUAUUUCUGGCAAACGACCAGACAUAAUGUAUACCUAAAGCGCUCGGCCAAAUGGCAUAUGGCAAUGGCGUUAAUGGUGGUGCUCACGUUCUCCACCAUAUGUGCGGCCGAAUCGAAUCCAGAUGGGGAUGAGAAUUCUGCAAUUAUAGCCGAUAUACAGCAGAAUAUGGAACAACAGUCGAUAGUGAAAUUGCCAACGGAAUCGGAUGGAAUACAAGAGAAACAAGUUGAACCGACACGGGAUACCAAGAAAAAGGGCACUUUUAUCGAUGCGUUUACAGCAUCGAUCUCUGUUAUAUUAUUAACAGAGUUAGGCGAUAAGACUUUCUUUAUUGCUGCCAUAAUGGCAAUGCGCCACCCGCGUUUGAUAGUCUUUGGCGGUGCCAUUGCCGCCUUGGCCCUUAUGACGGUUCUCUCAUGCGUAUUUGGCUUAGCAGCAAACUUUAUUCCUAAGAUUUACACGUAUUAUAUAUCAACUGCAUUAUUUUUAUUAUUUGGUUUAAAAAUGUUGUACGAUGCCUACAAAAUGAAGCCUACCGAUGCCCAAGAAGAGCUCGAAGAGGUACAAAGCGAUUUGCGUAAGCGUGAGGAUGAGCUAAUGCGCAAAGCCUCGCGCAAAUAUGUCAAAGAGGAUAAGGAGGAUGCAACCGAGCAGCCGCUCAUACAUGGAUGCAGCGUGACCAAGACCAAUUCGAGCAAUGGCUCCGAGAUGCAGCAUCGCCUGCGCAAACCCACCAGCAACAUCAACAAUAAUAACAACAAUACCACCAAUAACUCAACUAAUGUUAAACAAACGAGCUGUGAUAAAACUGGAAACGAUGUGGACUAUCACAACACCGAGGUGCUGCUCAAGGAUGGCGGACGUGUUGUGGAACAGCUCAAAAUGGCAACGUUCCAUGGCAGUCCAACGCACUCGGCAUCGAUCGCCUCAUCGAACCAGACCGAACAAACCCAUUGUGAUAGCCCACGCAACAAUAACAACAACAAUCCCAAAGCUUCCGUUGAGCCCACUUCCGAAACUGGCCACAUCGAUGGGGCUGAGCCGCGUGCUCCACUAGCUGAGCACGAUAGUAUGCAUAGCUUGAAUGGCAGUGUUGACAGCGAGGAGGCCGCGCUUAAAGCACGGCUGGACCGUGAUGUUAACACGGCGCUGGUGCAUGAUCCGGAAAGUGGACGUCGCAGCAAGGUACAACGUCGUGGCGCAACCUAUUUUACCAUGCGCAUCUUUGCCCAGGCCUUUACGAUGACUUUCCUUGCCGAAUGGGGCGAUCGUUCGCAAUUGACAACCAUCAUUCUGGCUGCUAGCAAGGACGUCUAUGGUGUUAUUGUUGGCGGCAUUCUUGGCCAUUGCAUUUGCACUGGUCUGGCUGUGAUUGGCGGUCGCCUGGUGGCCUCCAAAAUUUCGGUGCGCACUGUCACCAUUGUGGGUGGCAUUGUAUUCAUUGGAUUUGCUAUCUAUGCGGUGGCCAUGCCCCCAAACGACCUAUAAAUUAACUCUGAUAAUCUAUACUGAUUGCGCACUAGCCUGUUGUUUGUUGAUGAUCCCCCCCCCCCCCC